GCGAUAGGGAGGUUGGACAGCUCGGUCCCCCAGUGCCAGCCCAAUAGACUGAUGAGUUAUUGUCAUGUAAAAAGCGCCAGCAAUAAGACCAACCGCUUUGCUAUUGUCCAAGUGGAAAGAGCCAAGUUUAUUAUGAGGACUAUAUGCUCUAGAGACCUCAGGCAAGGCAUCUCAUAGGAGGCUUUUUCAUAAAACUAGGCUCUGCUGGUAGUAAGGAGGCCACUCUCGAAGCAGGCGUUGAGCUGUGCACAUCUCCCCACCACAGGCACCUUCUCCAUAUAUCCAGCUUUUAUUUCAUUUUUUCCACUUGGCUGAGCCAUCCAGAGCCUUUUCAAUGUAUAAAAUGGAAUAUUCUUACCUCAAUUCCUCUGCCUACGAGUCCUGUAUGGCUGGGAUGGACACUUCAAGCCUGGCUUCAGCAUAUGCUGACUUCAGUUCCUGCAGCCAAGCCAGUGGCUUUCAAUAUAACCCUAUAAGGACCACUUUUGGGGCCACCUCUGGCUGCCCAUCCCUCACUCCAGGAUCCUGCAGUCUCGGCUCUCUUAGGGACCACCAGAGCAGUCCAUACGCAGCAGUUCCUUACAAACUCUUCACCGACCACGGGGGUUUAAACGAGAAGAGGAAACAGAGGCGGAUCAGAACCACGUUCACCAGCGCCCAGCUCAAGGAACUGGAGAGGGUGUUUGCAGAGACUCAUUACCCUGAUAUAUACACCCGUGAGGAGCUGGCGCUCAAAAUAGACCUCACCGAGGCGAGAGUGCAGGUCUGGUUCCAGAACCGCCGCGCCAAGUUCCGCAAGCAGGAGCGGGCGGCGGCGGCUGCGGCGGCGGCCGCCAAGAACGGGGCGGCAGGCAAGAAGUCCGACGCCUCCCGCGACGACGAGAGCAAGGAGGCCAAGAGCACCGACCCCGACAGCACCGGCGGCCCCGGCCCCAACCCCAACCCCGCGCCCAGCUGCGGCGGAGGCGGCGGCGGCGGCCCCAGCCCCGCCGCCGGGCAGGGAGCGGCGGGGCCCGGCGGGCCGGGGGGGGAGCCGGGUAAGGGAGCGGCGGGGCCCGGCGGGCUGGCGGCGGCGGGGCCGGGGCAGGGCUGGGCACCGGGGCCCGGUCCCAUCACCUCCAUCCCCGACUCGUUAGGCGGCCCGUUCGCCAGCGUCCUCUCCUCGCUGCAGCGGCCCGGCGGCACCAAAGGCAGCCUCGUCAAGAGCGGCAUGUUCUGAGCGGCGGCGGCGGCGGCGGCAGCAGUCCCUCCCGCUCAUUAGUAUCCGCCGCCCGCCCAUAGUGAUGACCAGGGGCCCGGGCUACUCCGGGCUCCGCGGGGCAGGGACCCCGCGCCCCCACGGGGGGCCGCGCCCGGCUCCC